AUGCGAGGACCAGCGCAAUGGAGAGCGACUGUCGACCGUCUCGACCAGCCGAGCGCCUAUUUCAACAAUAGACACAAACGCCGGCGAUUCGACAAGGACCAGCGCGAUGGGGACGAAGAUAGGAACAUGCAGAACGAUCAACCCGAGGAGGAUCCGCUCAAGAAUGCGACAACCCUCUACGUUGGUAAUCUGUCUUUCUACACCACCGAAGAGCAAGUGUACGAGCUCUUCUCUAAAUGCGGCGAAAUCAAACGACUGGUUAUGGGCCUCGACCGAUUCAACAAGACGCCGUGCGGGUUUUGCUUCGUCGAGUACUAUACCCACCAGGACGCGCUCGACUGCAUGAAGUACAUCGGCGGGACCAAGUUGGACGAGCGCAUCAUCCGGACGGAUUUGGAUCCGGGAUUCACUGAGGGCCGGCAAUAUGGACGUGGGAAGUCGGGAGGUCAGGUGCGUGAUGAGUACCGCGAGGAUUACGACGAAGGCCGUGGCGGUCUUGGGCGGGCAAUUCAAGCGGCGCGGAUGAGGGAGCGCGAAGGAAGGGAAUACGACCAGGAUGAUAUGCAGUACGGGCGGACGAAAUGA